AUGAACACCGUGCUCUCACGGAGACGAGGAUGGCGUCGGGUCGGGGGAGGACCGGAGGAGGACGGCGUCGGGUCGGGGGUGGAGGACGGCUGCGGGUCGGGAGCUGGUGGCGGGGCGGGCGCUGGCGGCGGGGCCAGGAGCUGGCGGCGAGGCGGGCGCUGGCGGCGGGGCCGGGAGCUGGCGGCGGGCCGGACGCUGGCGGCGGGCGGGCACCGGCGGCGGGGCCGGGAGCUGGCGACGGGGCGGGCGCUGGCGACGGGGCCGAGAGCUGGCGGCGAGGCCGGGCGCUGGCGGCGGGCCGAGCGCCGGCGGCGGGCGGAGCAGCACGUCGGUGGGGAUGCUCGCAGGGGACGCCGGCGACCAGGUGGAGCUUCACAUGCUGGAGGCCGGCGGGAUUCGAGCGACGGGUGCGAGCUGGAGGCCGGCGGGAUUCGAGCGGUAGUUCCGUCAUUUCGCACUCAGGAAGCAGGCCGCAGCUCGGGAAGCAGGUCUCGACCUGCUUCGCGGCUCGUAGGCCAUUUCGUCGCAGCGCUUCUCUGA